UUUUCUAAAAUUUUUUAUCAUUCAUUGUUCCCAGGUGGCCUCGCAGCUCUAAUGUACACAGACACUUUUCAGACGUUUGUGAUCAUCGCUGGGGCUUUCGUCCUCACUGGCUUCUCCUUUGCUGAAAUCGGCGGCUACAGCGCCCUGCUUACCAAAUACUACUCUGCCAUUCCGAGUAACUUCUCCUCCCUGGACACCCAGCGCUAUAACAUCUCCUCCCAGUGCUACACCCCGAGGCAGGACGCCUUCAGCUUGCUGAGGGACCCAACCGUGGGGGACCUUCCCUGGCCUGGCGUGGUGUUCGGCAUGACGAUAGGGGGGAUCUGGUACUGGUGCUCUGAUCAGGUGAUUGUCCAGAGGUGCCUGGCAGCUCGUAGUCUCACCCAUGUGAAGGCUGGCUGUAUUGUUUGUGGCUACCUCAAACUGCUUCCCAUGUUCCUCAUGGUGUUCCCCGGCAUGAUCAGCAGGAUCCUCUACCCAAAUGAGGUUGGCUGUGUGGUCCCAGAAAUUUGUAAGGAGGUCUGUGGAACCGAAGUGGGCUGCUCUAACAUAGCUUAUCCUAAACUGGUGGUUACAGUCAUGCCCAGUGGUUUGCGAGGGCUGAUGCUGGCUGUCAUGCUGGCAGCUCUCAUGUCUUCUUUGGCCUCCAUCUUUAACAGCAGCAGCACUCUGUUCACCAUGGACAUCUGGACCCGCAUCAGACCACAGGCCACCGAACGGGAGCUCAUUGUUGUAGGCCGUGUCUGGGUUCUGUGUAUUGUGGCCAUCAGCAUCUGCUGGAUCCCCAUUGUUCAGGCAGCGCAGAGUGGUCAGCUGUUUGACUACAUCCAGUCAAUCUCCAGCUAUCUGUCUCCACCCAUUGCGUCCGUCUUCCUGCUGGCUGUUUUUGUCAAACGGGUCAAUGAAACAGGAGCUUUCUGGGGCCUGAUUUGUGGUCUGGCGAUGGGUCUGUGUCGGAUGUUGCCCGAGUUCUGGUUUGGCACCGGCAGCUGUAUUUUCCCCUCUCAAUGCCCUUUCCUGGUGUGUGGCAUCCACUACUUACACUUUGCCAUCAUCCUGUUUACCUGCACAUCAGUGCUGGUGCUUCUGGUCAGCUUCUGCACAGAGCCCAUUGAGGAUAAACAUCUCCAUCGUCUGGUAUUCAGUCUACGUCACUCUAAAGAGGAGAGGGAAGAUCUGGACUGGGAACAAGAAGAAAGAGCCAGAAGAGCCCGCAAAGAGGCGAAGGAGAGGAUGAGAGCGAAGGCUAAUGCAGAUACAGAAACUGAGCACGAUAAAAAGUCUGGACUCUGUCGCCUGGUUGGUGGAUUCUGUGGACUCAGCGGAGACCAACAGGUUCAGGAUGAGGAAGCAGCCGAGGAUCCAGAGCCUCAGAUGCCCGACAUCAGUGAGAAAGCAGUGUGGAAGAACAUUGUGGACUCCAACGCUCUGGUCAUGAUGGCUGUUGCAGUUUUUAUGUGGGGAUACUUUGCUUGACUGAAUCAUUUUGUUCGGAGCUGAAAAUGUUGUAGCUGCCGUGUGAUCGCAUCGGCUGCCGAUGCGAUUAUUAUUAUUUACUGGAGUAAAUAUUCAAAUAAAACAUUGUCGCCAUCUGCUGGCAGUGUUUUGUUAUUGCACCAGAGUGAGCUCUUUGAAACUCUUGGAAGCAACGUCAGAUGUUAACAAAAAAUAUACUUUACAACAAAAAUAUGUAAAUUG